UAGAAAGAGUAGAUUUUGGUGCUUGCAGAGCAGAGUAGAGAGGAACAGAGGAUCCAUAGAAGUAAAAUAAUAGAACAAAAGUCUGUAAGUGAGAGAGAAAGUGGGCAUGUUAAUGGAAGAUGAAAGUGAAAAAGGCAAAGCAAUAAAGAUGAAUACGAGAGUUCGAACUUCUCUUCAAUCUAUGAAACCUCCUUUAAAGCAUGAUAAAAAGGAAGAAAUGGAGACUCAGGGGAGCAAAGGACUUGGUGCUGGCAAAGCUGUGUCCAAUCGCCGUCGAUCCAACAGAGAAAGGAAAAUGGCCUUAUUACAAGAUGUUGAUAAGCUGAAGAAGAAGCUCAGACAAGAAGAGAAUGUUCAUAGAGCUUUAGAGAGGGCAUUUACUAGGCCUUUGGGUUCUCUUCCCCGUCUUCCUCCUUAUCUCCCUCCAUAUACAUUGGAGCUACUUGCUGAAGUAGCUGUUUUGGAAGAGGAGGUUGUUAGGCUUGAAGAGCAAGUUGUGAAUUUUAGGCAAGGUCUGUAUCAGGAAGCAGUUUACAUUUCUUCUAAGAGGAAUGCAGAGAAUUCAAAUGAUUCUGAUCAAAUGUCUCUUACAAGUUAUAAACACCAGCGCUCUAAAUCUUUCUCCUGCACUGAUAUCAAUUUGGCAUCAACACCAGCCAGGCCCCAACCUCAACCUUCUCUUGGUAGAAGUACUUCAAGCAGAAAGCUGUUGUCCACAGAUACCAUCAAUGAUCGAACAACAGCACAUUGCUUUAUUAGGACAAUGAAUGGAAAACAAUCUUCAGUUAAACCCAAUUCCUCUCCAUUUCAUUCGGAAGAUGGGCGAGGAAAAGAGAACCGUUCAUGUACUAAUUCUUUGAAGGAUAAGCAAUCUCCAGAAAAGAAAAAUGCCAAAGUUGUAACCCCUGUUAAGAGACUUCCAGUCAAGACUGAAUCUCAUGAUCCCAAGGGCAUGGAUCAUUUGAAGUUGCAGCCAGAAUGUAGACUAGAGGACCAAGAAAAAACACAAGAGAGCUGUUCCGGUUCACCCUAUGAUAGAUUAUCAGAAGUUGAAAGCUCACCAAACAAAUUGUCCGAGGAUAUUCUUCGAUGCUUGUGUAGCAUUUUUGUAAGGAUUAGCACACUGAAGGACAAAGUUGUGGAUUCUGGUGAAAGCAGUGGAGGAAGUAAUUGGGAUCCCUAUGGUAUCCACUCUGAAGUCAGCCACGGUGAUGUUGGUCCAUACAAGAACCUCUAUGCAAUUGAAGCAAGCUCAAUUGAUCUCAACCGAACCACAAAUGCAUUGUUUCUGAUUCAUAGGCUGAAGUUCCUGUUUGGGAAGCUUGCCGUUGUUAAUUUAGAAGGUCUUACUCAUCAACAAAAGCUUGCAUUCUGGAUUAACGCUUAUAAUUCCUGCAUUAUGAAUGCAUUUCUGGAACAUGGGAUCCCAGACACUCCUGAACUAGUUGUAGCACUUAUGCAGAAGGCAACAAUAGUUGUGGGGGGACGCUUGCUCAAUGCAAUAACCAUUGAGCACUUCAUCUUGAGACUGCCAUAUCACUUAAAAUUUACGUGUCCUAAAGCUGCUAAAAAUGAUGAGAUGAAAGCAUGCAGUGUAUUUGGAUUGGAGUGGUCUGAACCUUUGGUUACAUUCGCACUCUGCUGUGGGAGCUGGUCUGCCCCUGCUGUGAGGGUGUACACUGCAUCUGGAGUUGAAGAAGAGUUGGAAAGUGCAAAGAGGGACUAUCUACAUGCAGCUGUUGGCAUUUCAAGGACAAACAGGUUGAUAAUCCCCAAGCUUCUGGAUUGGUAUCUUCUUGACUUUGCAAAGGACUUGGAUUCAUUAGUGGAUUGGAUAUGCCUGCAGCUACGAGAUGAACUCAGGAGUGCUGCACUUAAAUGCCUUGAGAGAAGGAAAAGAGAGCCUAUUUCUCAAUUGGUGCAAGCAAUGCCAUAUGACUUCACUUUCCGGCUGCUUUUAUGCCGGUGAUAUUUUUCAUCUACAUAAUUCUUUGCUAUACUUUGUAUACUGGUAUGCUCGACACGUUACAACUAGGUAUGUAGUAGCAUACCGUAGGGAAGAAAUCGGUAUUUUUUUGCGAGAGUAAAUGUAGAACAAGAUUUACUAAAGGUGGUUCCCUCAAGUCUUUAUAAUAUCCUAUUUCACCUUAUACUCA